AGGUUAUGUACACUUUUAUAAUUUAAAUUUCAAUACUUUCUAAGAAAAAGUUACAUUUUAUUCUUCACUGCCCUAGGUUAAUUUAUCGUAACAAUGGUAUUUCCAUUUCCAUUAGGGAGGUUGCUUGUGAUACUCAUUAGCAUUUUAAAGGUGUUCUGUUUAGCUCAAGAGACAAACUAUACUUUAAACAAAAAUGGAUACAUUGUUUACUGUCCCUGUAUGGGCCGGUUUGGUAACCAAGCUGAUCACUUUCUUGGUGCGUUGGGAUUUGCAAAAGGCUUAGACAGAACGCUAGUACUCCCCCCUUGGGUUGAAUACCGAUACGGUGAACCUAGAUCUAUCCAAGUUCCAUUUGAUACAUACUUUCGAGUUGAACCACUUCAAGAUUUCCAUGAUGUUAUAACUAUGGAAUAUUUUAUGAAACAUAUUGCUCCGAUCAUAUGGCCCCCUGAAAAACGAAUAGCGUUCUGCUAUGUUGCGAGAGGGACUAACAACGGUUGUAAUGCAAAGGAGGGGAAUCCGUUUGGACCGUUCUGGGACACUUUUGAUGUGGACUUUGUAGGCUCUGAGUUCUACAGCCCCUUGCAUUACGAUGUCCAUCACGCCAAUAUGGCGGAGAGAUGGCACGAGAAGUACCCUGCUUCUGAGUGGCCAGUACUUGCAUUUGCUGGUGCACCAGCUAGUUUUCCAGUACAAGCUGAAAACCGAGAUCUUCAAGCGUACUUGAAAUGGAGUUUGACACUUGAUGAAGCAGCUGACAACUUCAUUAAAACCAAACUGCCUAAAGGCGGCUUUAUUGGAAUUCACCUUCGAAAUGGCAUUGAUUGGGUACGAGCGUGUGAACACAUUAAAGUCAGCCCCCACUUGUUUGCAUCACCACAGUGUCUGGGGUACCGAAAUGAGUUUGGACACGCAACACAGGAAAUGUGUUUCCCCAACAUAGAACUUAUAGUCAAGCAGCUGAAACGGCUAAUCCGCAAUUCCAAAAACGUCUCGUCGAUAUUUGUUGCUUCAGACAGCAAUCAUAUGAUUGGCGAUUUGAGUAAAGCUUUGAAAAAGGCGGAGAUUCUACACAACUUAACACCUGUAAUCACUGGGAGUGUUGAAGGCCAUGUAUUGUUUCCUCCACGUCGUAACAGCAUAUUAUACGGUGCGUACCAAACCUCCUCUUCAUUGAUCAAAUCAGAGAAUCAUGUGAAAGGUUUGACACGUCAUACAAUAAAAAUUCAGUCGGACAGAUAUACGGAAUUUAUGCAUGUAGAAUGCUUGGAAGACAACAACAAAGCUCAGGCGACAAUAUACAGCCCAGCUGGAUUCUUGGCAGAAACAUUAGAGCUACAUGGCAAAGACGAUUGCCAACAAGUCCCUGAUUAUAUUCAUCCGUAUCAUUUAAAAAUUCAUAUUGGAAUCGAAUAUGAUGAGAUGACAUUUACCAUAAUGUUCCUGUUUGGAGGGGAAACGCCUUACUGUGUUAAAAGACACUACAAGGUUUACACAUUCCUUUACGCCGCCAUAUUGGAAAGAGACAAACCAGAAACGACUGGAUGUAUAGACCAGCUACUGGAUGAUGAUGAAAAAGGAGAGCCAACUCGUGGUGUUUCAAAUUUAUUACUACCAGCGGGAAAGUAUGAGAUCAUGGAUUUCAACAGAGAUAUCUCAAAAGAGGAACCUCGGCUUUAUACUAUUGACAACGCUUUCGAUCAUCCAAACGACGACCAUUUCAAGCUCGAGUGCCGAAAACACACUGUACAAGUAGACGGUGGAUAUGUAUCCAUGGGAAUAGCACUUAUAAUUCAUGACAAUAUAGUCUUAGAAAAGUUAAAUAUAGACUCUUGUACGUCUGGAUCGACGGGUAUGUACAUAAACAAGGAGGAAAAGCUCAAUAGCUAUUCGAAACUAACCGCAUUUAACCUUGUGUUCAAAACCACUGAAAAAAAAUGUUACACAAUAUCCAUUGACUACGAAAAUGUUGAAUCUGGUACAGUUAAAAUUCGCCGAAACAAUCCCAGUAAAGUUAGUUGCCCAAAGCAAUUUACCGAUCAUACUGCCUUGGAUGUCAAGUUGCCAUGGUACCACUCGACGCUCAAAGGACUGAUAUCGAAACUGUUUUGCAAAAAUAAACUAUCGUAACUAAUUGUUCAGUUAUCUACUUAUUGACCCUUUUAGCAAAUUAUCCAA